GAAGGCCUUCAUUUCAUGACAAUAGGACGCCCGAACAGCUAAAUUCCAAAAGCAAAGUCUGCUGCAGUGGCUGCAAAUGGAGAUGAGAGCUCGGGAAGACGUAGGCAUAAGCCAGGACAUCACUCCUCUCCUCUCGCCCCUCGCUCACUCUCUCUACGAUUCCUUCCUUCUCUCUCACUGCUCUUCUUGCUUCUCCCCUCUUUGCCCAACCUUUUCCCCUAAUGUCCAUCGUGAUGCUCCCUCCCCUUCCUUUCUAUACUGCUCUCACGGUUGCUCCGCCGCCGCGGCCCCCCUCCACGUUCCCACUGCCGAGCGCCACCUUCUCCUUCUCCAUCCCCACCGCCUACCUCGCUGCUAUGCCUCCGACACUUCUGACCUCCGCGCUGCCCUCCGUCUCCUCUACCUCUUCCAGAGCCUUGGCCUCCUUCUCGCCGGCGACAGGAUCGGCGGUCUCCUCACCAACCGCAAUAAAUUUAUUUGUCCCGAGAACUCAGAUUUCGACGGUGACGAGAUUGUCGCGAGAAUUCGGGAGGGCGGGAAGGCUAUGGCGCUCGCGAGAAGCAUGCGAGACGGCGUGGAAUUCUCGGGGGAGCCCGUACUGGAGGAGGCGGUACUGUGCAUCGUGGUAACAAACGCCGUGGAGGUGCAGGUUAAUGGAGGUCGCCCCCUCGGCAUUGCUGUCUACGACGUUGCCUUCUCUUGGAUCAAUCACAGCUGUUCCCCCAAUGCUUGUUACCGGUUCUUGUUUUCUUCGCCGGUGGCAGAGCCUCAGCAGUUAUCCGGAGAGCCCCGGUUGCAGAUUAUCUCCAGCGGCCAGGACAUUGAAAAUGCUGUUUGCAGCUGUGGCGAAUUAAGAAAAGAUGGAUAUGGCCCGAGAAUUGUUGUUCGGAGCAUUAAGGCAAUUAAGAAAGACGAGGAGGUUACUAUUGCUUACACAGACUUGUUACAGCCUAAGGCAAUCAGGCAGUCAGAGUUGUGCUUAAAAUAUCGGUUUAACUGUUGCUGUAGGCGAUGUAGGGCAUUGCCCCCAGCUUAUGUCGAUAGUGCUUUACUGGAUGUUGUUGCUGUUGAUCAUGAUUGUACCAACUUGAGUUCAGAUCACACCUGCCACAGUGAUGUGGCAAUUAGAGAACUGGCAGAUUACAUGGAUGAUGCCAUAACUGAAUAUCUCUCUGGUGGUGAUCCUGAAUCUUGCCGCAAGAAGCUUGAAGACAUUCUUAGUGAAGGUACCCUUGAUGAGCAGUUCAAAUCAAAGAAAGGAAAUAUGCUGUUAAAUUUCAAGUUGCGUCCCUACCAUUAUCUCUCUCUCAAUGCAUACACGACACUGGCUUCUGCAUAUAAAGUCCAUGCGGGAUAUUUGCUGGCAUCUCAUCCUGAAAAGAAUGGCCGUCAGUUGGAAGCUUUCAACAUGACCCGAACAAGUGCAGCAUAUUCACUGUUACUUGCGGUUGCAACCCACCACUUGUUCCUCUCCGAACCUUCCCUGAUUGCAUGUGCUGCCAAUUUCUGGACAAAUGCAGGAGAGUCCUUGCUGAGUAUUGCCAGAAGCUCAUUGUGGAAUUAUUUUGUGGAAUGGGAUUCUUCACUUUUGAGUCAUGACUGUUUCAACUGCUCAUUGACGAGCAAAUUUAGCUCGAGUUUGGUUUACAAUGAAGCUGAAAAUUCAGACCUUGAGGACAUAUCUAGGGAGUUUCAUAAUUGUAUUACAAAGAUUGCACCAGAGAUAUGGAGUUUUCUGCGACAUGGUUGCCAUUACUUGGAGACAUUUAAAGAUCCUACUGAUUUCAGCUGGCCUGGCAAAACAGCAGAUGCUUGGAACUCUUCUAUUUCAGGUGGUAGGACUGGUGGAGGAUAUGAACCACUUGGAUACUCCAACCAAGAAAGGGUAAAUCUAUUCAAGCUAGGGGUUCAUUGCUUACUGUAUGGAGGCCAUCUGUUGAGCAUUUGUUAUGAUGGCCAUUCUUAUCGGACCCGUCACAUUGAAAAUUUUUUGCAUGAAGAAACUAAGCGGGACUAAAUUUUUUUCAUGAAGAAUCUUUUAUAUCUCUGGUAAUUUAG